AUGGCGGACCAGUCCAUUAUCCGCAUCACCAAGGAAAUCGGUGAAUUACAGAAGAGUUCCGACCUUUCACUCGCUGUUGCCUUUCGCGAUCGGGACGUUCGUAACGUGAAGGCUUUGAUUAUCGGUCCCCACGAGACUCCCUACGAGUUUGGUUUCUUUGAGUUUGUGGUUAAAUUCAACAGAGAGUACCCACGCAAGUCACCAGCCGUCACGGGAACAACCACCAACAGUGGACGUUGUCGAUUCAACCCCAAUAUCUAUGCCUCCGGGAAAGUCUGUCUGUCAAUCCUUGGAACAUGGCGUGGAGAACGAGGAGAGGAGUGGUCCCCUGCUCAGGGUCUGGAGUCUAUCUUGGUCUCGAUACAAAGCCUAAUGUCGUCAAACCCUUACGAGAACGAGCCUGGUUUCGAGGACGCAAAUGAGUCGCACGAUAAGAAGAACCAGAAGGAGUACAUCGCGAAGAUCCGUCACGAGACGUUACGCAUUUCCAUCAUACAAAGACUAGAAGACUACCUAGGAAUUACUGGCAGCAGCAUCGCAUCGCCUAUCCCACCCGAAGGAGAAGAGUACGAACUUGACAUGGACGAUGAUAUUGAGAUCGACGAUGCGAGUGUUCCCUGGGAGCCGUUCAAGGAUCUUUGCAAGCAUCGCUUCCUCUGGUAUUACGACUCGUACUUAGAGACCAUCAAGAAGGCGAAGGAGGAGGUCAAGGACGGUCAGCCUUUCGUGCGCAUGCCCUUUGAAGGGGCUUCUAAUACUAUGGAUGGAAAGUUCAAUUACACCGAACUCGAGCAAAGACUGCGCCGCAUCAAGGCAGUUCUAGAUGGUGAGCCGGAGAAAUGGGCAGUGGAGGGCAUGUCCUCUAAAAUGAGGGAUAGCACGGUUGCGGUCAACCUUGCGCGGCAAUUCGACCAGAUCAAGGAAUCCUACAAACGUUGCGAAGCCCCUCAUAGUGUGGAGUUGGUAGAUGGAAAUCCAUUUGUAUGGAAUUUCACCUACUUUGGACGACCUAUGACGAAUCUGGACGGAGGCAUGUUCCGCAUCAGAAUUAACUUCAGUCCCCGGUUCCCUGAGGAACAACCUAGAGUCAAAUUCUUGACACCGAUGUUCCAUCAUCGGAUCGCGGUGGAUGGUACGACGUGCUACUUUCCUAAUCCCACUCGCCGAGAAGACGUCAAACAACAUCUCGAAGCAAUCAUCGAGGCCCUGGAAGAAGAACAACCCCCUUACGACCCGCGAACCCUAGUCAACCUGGAAGCCCACAAGCUAUAUUGGGGCGGCGCGGAGGGACGAAAAUUGUACAACAGGCAGCUACGUAGAUCUGUACAAAGAAGUCUGGAGGAGAUGUGA